AUGGCACACUAUUUAGUUAUGUACCCGGAAGUACAAAAACGGUUAUUUGAGGAAAUUGAAGAAGUUUGUGGGAAUGGAGAAGAAAUGCCUAGUUAUGAUGAAUUGGCAAAAUUAAAAUAUGCAGAUGCCGUUUUUAAAGAAACUCAGAGACUUUGCCCUAUUGCUUCUGGGGUAAAUCGUGUAUGUGAAGAAACAACAACUCUUGGGGGUAUGAUUAUAGAGAAAGGCACAAAUAUAUCUAUUGACUUGUUGACUCUUCAUAGAGAUCCAAAACUUUGGGGAGAAGAUGCUGAAGAAUUUAGGCCUGAAAGAUGGUUAAAUGGAGAGGAACUAACAUUUUAUUAUCCUUUUGGUGGCGGACCUAGAAUCUGUAUUGGAUUACGUUUUGCAAUAAUGGAGACAAAAAUGAUACUUGUUAGAUUACUAAAAACGUUUGAAUUGAAACGUUGUUUAGAGACAGAGGCUGAAUUGAAGUUUAGCGGUCAAAUUGUGCUUAACCCGGGAAAAGUUUUUGUUGAAUUAAAGUUGAGAGAAUAA